AUGAUUGAUGGGUGUGUGAGUUGGGCUCUGAUUGGACUGCAGGUGUCAGGUGUACUAACAGUGUGUGUGUGUGUGUGUGUGUGUGUGUGUGUGUUCACGCUGCGCGGACCGUUAGCCUCUCAGACAGGAGACUUCCUGUUCAAUCUGGAGAGUGUUGUGUACAAGGAGCCUCAGAAUGUCGCUAAAGGAUGUAAAAAAAGUAAAAAGCAUAAGAAAGGCUUCAGGAAGUUGAAGCGGCACGAGCACAAAGCAGAAAAGCCUCAGGAGGAGAAGAAGGACUCCUUUGCAGAGAAACUGGCCACUCAGGUGAUCAAGAACCUGCAGGUGAAGAUCAGCAGCAUCCACCUGCGCUACGAGGACGACCUGUCGGACCCUAAGCGGCCCCUGUCCAUGGGAGUCACACUGUCCGAGCUCAGCCUGCAGACUGCAGAUGAGAACUGGAAGACCUGCAUCCUGAACGAAGCAGCAAAGAUCAUCUACAAGCUGGGCCGGCUGGAGUGUCUGUGUGCCUACUGGAACGUGGGCAGUCCCGUCCUGUACCGAGGCGACUGGCAGGACGUCCUGGAUCAGCUGAAGGCCGGGAUCAGCAGCUCCCAGCAGGAGCUGCAGCGCUACCAGUACAUUUUCAAGCCGAUCUUCGCCUCGGCCAAGAUGUGCAUCAACCCCAACGCCGAGCUGGAGCUCAAGUCCCCCAAAGCCAACCUGCACCUGGAGGUCCAGAACAUCGCCAUCGAGAUGACCAAGCCCCAGUACCUGUCCAUGAUCGAGCUGCUGGAGUCGGUGGACUGCAUGGUGAAGAACGGCCCGUACAGGAAGUUCAGGCCCGACGUGCCCGUGCACCGCCACGCCCGCCUCUGGUGGCAGUACGGAGUCAGCAGCAUCCUGGAGGUUCACAUCCGGCGCUUCAACCGCAUGUGGAGCUGGUCCAACAUCCGGCAGCACCGUGACAACCUGAAGGCCUACAAGACGGCCUACAAGACCAAGCUGCUGACGCCCAGCAAGCUGAGCCCCGACACCGAGAGGCUGCUCCAGGAUCUGGAGAAGGUGCUGGACGUCUUCAACAUCACUCUGGUGCGGCAGCAGGCGCAGAUGGAGGUGAUCCGCUCAGGACAGAGGCCUGUGGGGAGGAAGGCUGCGGGCGGGAAGCAGGCAGGAGGAGGAGGAGGAGGUUUCUUCAGCAGCUUCUUUGGAAGGAGAGCCAAGAAGGAGGAGCAGGAGCAGGAGGAGAGCAAGGAGCCGGAGAGUCUGGAUGAGCUGAUGACCUCAGGGGAGAAGGAGAAGCUCUACACCGCCAUCGGCUACAGCGGCAGCUCCCACAACCUGGCUCUGCCCAAACAGUACGUAGCUUACAUUGUGACCUUCAAGCUGUUCAGGACCUCCAUCACGGUCCGAGAGGAGCCGAACGUCCCGGAGAUCCUCAAAGUCCAGAUGAUCGACCUGAGCACCAGGAUCUCCCAGAGACCCGGAGCGCAGGCCUUCAGGGUGGAGGUGGCGUUGGAGCACUGGUACGUGACGGGGCUCGAGCAGCAGGGGGCGGUGCCGUCGCUCAUCGCCUCGCUGGGAGACUCCGCCUCCUCGCUGCUCAGCGUUCAGUUCGAGGUGAACCCGGAGGACGGCGGCGCCGACCAGCUGCUGCACGUCCAGUCACAGCCCGUCGAGAUCAUCUACGACGCGCUCACAGUCAACAGCAUGGUGGAGUUCUUUAAGACGGACAGGGGGGUGGACCUGGAGGUGCUGACCUCAGCAACUCUGUCCAAACUGGAGGAGAUCAAGGAGAAGACCGCCACAGGUCUGUCCCACAUCAUUGAGACGAGGAAGGUGCUGCAGCUGAGCGUGGACCUGAAGCCGUCCUACCUGCUGCUGCCUCAGUCCGGCUUCUACCACGACCACGCCCACCUCAUCAUCCUCGACUUCGGCAGCCUGCAGCUGAGCAGCGUGGAGCCCAGCGGCCAGCAGCCGGCCUCCUCCAGCUUCUCCUCUCUGGAGGAAAUCAUGGACCGAGCAUACGAGAGAUACACACUGCAGCUCCGCAGCGUGCAGCUGCUGUACAGCAAGUCAGGAGAGGCGUGGAAGGCGGCGCGGCAGCAGGGUUCGACCCUCCAGCACAUCCUGCAGCCGAUGGACUUCAGCGUCCAGCUGGCCAAGUGCAUGGUGGAGAAAGACGCCCGCAUGCCCAGGUUCAAGGUGUCAGGAGAGCUUCCUCUGCUCCACGUCAAGAUCUCCGACCAGAAGAUCCAGGGGGUGUUGGAGCUGCUCGACAGCAUCCCGCUGCCCCGCCCAAGCUCCGCCCCCUCCACGCCCACCGGCAAGGCUCUGCCCCUGGCCGAGGCUCGGCCCCGGGCGCUCAGCCUGCCCCCCGCCCUGCUCAGUGCCGCCGACACGGACUCGGACGAGGACGCCAGUGAGAAGUCUCUGGACGAGGAGCACCAGCGGUCCGCGGGCGAGGAGCUCACCGAGCUGCACUUCAAGUUCGAGGUCAAAGCGGUGCUGUUGGAGCUGACCCGGCAGGCGGACCAGGAGAAGACGGUCCUGGCCUUCAGCGUCAGUCAGCUGGGAGCCGAGGGGAGGAUGAGGAGCUUCGACCUGAGCGUCACGGCCUACCUGCGCCGCAUCGCCCUGGACUACUGCGAGGCUGCAGACGCCAGGAAGCAGCCGCUGCACCUGAUCAGCUCCUCGGACCAGCAGGGCUCAGACCUGCUGAAGGUCGAGUACAUCAGGGCCGACCCCAGCGGGCCCAGCUUCCAGACCAUGUUCGACAGCACCGAGCAGACGCUGAAGGUGGAGUUUUCCUCUCUGGACUUCCUCCUCCACACCAAAGCUUUGCUGAACACCAUCAACUACCUGAACAGCGCCGUGCCACAGCGGCUCAUGGCGUCCCGGGAUGGAGAGGCCAAGAAACAGGUGGAGAAGGCUGGACAGGGAAAGACAGACUCCAGGGGCUCCAGGGACGGCAGCGUCUUCAGCUUCAAGCUGUUUGCGAUGCUCGGCUGCUUCCACGUGGAGGUGUGUGACGACCGCCGGAGCAUCGCCGACAUCAGAGUGCAAGGUAUUGAUGCGUCUGUCGCGGUCCAGGCCAAGGAGACAGAGGUUUUUGCUCGUCUCAGAGACAUUGUGGUCACCGACGUCGACCCCAAAACUAUUCACAAAAAGGCGGUGUCCAUCGUGGGCGAGGAGGUGUUCAGCUUCAAACUGUCGCUGUUCCCCGCCGCCACAGAGGGGCGGGGCUACAGCGACAUGUCCAAGGUGGACGGGAAGGUGACCAUGCGGCUCGGCUGCAUCCAGAUCGUCUACCUGCACAAGUUCCUCAUGUCGCUGCUGAUGUUUGUAGACAACUUCCAGACGGCGAAGGAGGCGUUGAGCGCGGCGACGGCCCAAGCAGCGGAGAAGGCGGCGUCCAGCGUGCGAGACUUGGCCCAGAAGAGCUUCCGUCUGUCCAUGGACAUCAAGCUGAAGGCCCCGCUCAUCAUCAUCCCCAGUCCUCCGUCUCCCACAAUGCCUUUGUGGUGGACCUGGGUCUCAUCACGGUGGGGAACAGCUUCUCCCUGCUCCAGGCUGAAGGUUUUCCUCUCCCUGCCGUGGUGGAGAAGAUGGACGUGAAGCUGACGCAGCUCAAGCUGUCCAGAACCGUGUUGAAACGAGGCUCGCCGCAGCCCGACAUCGAGAUUCUGCAGCCAAUCAACUUGGAGCUUCUCGUCAACCGCAACCUGGCGGCCUCCUGGUUCUCCAGGAUCCCUGGUGUUCAGGUCCAGGGAGUU